AUGUUGGUCAAAAGUGGCAGACCAUCAAGGUGCUUAGCGUGCAUGAGCAAGUGUUUGUCAGUGGUUGGGCUCCCCGUUCUCAAAGCGGUUUUGGUGCGACCGCAUGUCGUUGCGCUGAUCAAGCAUCCACGAUCAGGUGUCCCACAACACGUUUUACCAACGGAUCAAGAACUACUGUUGUGUUGUGUGCUGUGUCGCGCUCGGGAUCGUCACUGUCGUGCAGACGUGCGACCGUGUUUGAAGCCUCGACGCCAAUUAACCAAAGUCCGUGCUAACCUUUACAUCACCGUAUCUACAGCGGUCAGUGUUCCACAGAUAAGAGUGGAUGCGACUGUCCUCCGGUUCUGGUUCGACGUUUUUGUUCACGAGGAACUUUUUUCGACGCCAGACGCUACAUUAGAACACUGCCACUGUGGGUCGCCACUUCAAUGGACGGUGUUUGGACUGGAGUGGUCAACGACAUGCGCACCACUUAUCACGGAGAUUAUCGCCACUUUAGUGUGCCUCCAUGGCGGUGUCAACUUCGAAGCUCCGGUGUGA